ACCUUUAUUAACACUAUGAAGGGCUUGUUCGUACUGCUUUUAGCACAGAUAAGUAUGCAGUUUCAGUGUGAUAAAACAAAGAUUCAAACCACAGUUGGAAGCGCAUUCACUAUUACCUGCACCUACAAAUCAUCCCAGUUCCGAUUUAACAAGAAGUACUGGUGUGCUGGAGACUCCAGAGCCUCGUGUGAGGUUCUGAUGGACACAGAUGGAUUCACACAGGCUGCGUACAAAACACGGGCUCAAAUCAUUGAUAGAGUUUCUAGAGACUUGAUUGUUAAUGUAAGAGAUCUAAAGUUGGACGACACUGGAAUAUAUUGGGUGGCGAUUGACAAAAUUUAUGCUGAUAUAAUGACCAGGAUCCAAGUUACAGUAACAAAAGAGCCUGUAAUGAAACCAAACGUUUGGCCUCUCAGUUCACUGGAGAUGACAUGCUGGGGACAACUAAUUGUGUUUCGCUGUGGGAGUAAGAGAGGAACAGAUGUGCAGUACACUUGGUACAGAGUUGGACACCCAAACAACAUUGUCCUGCAGCAUUCCACUGAUCUCCACCUCCAUUGUUCAAACAUAACUGAAGACAGCCAACUUUUCUGCUUAGCCUCGAAUGAUGUCAGCAGCCAAAACAGCGAAUUUAUUUCUCUGCACCUAAUUCAGCCUGCAGACAAGAACUGUGUUUAUCUCAUCUCAUCAAAGGCUCUCUCUAGCUAUGACUGCAUAAGAAGCACAACAUCACUCUCAACAUCCAUCCAAACUACAGAGAAAUUACUGAGAUCUGCAACAGUCUCUCAACUCACAUGGAGUCAGAAUAAGACAAUGUCUUGGUCUGGCCUACCACUGUGGUAUGAGUGUCUUCAUUGGUUUCUCUUCUCAGCUAUGAUUACCAUCUUAUAUGUAGUGCACACAUGCUUAAAAUUAACGUCCAGAAGGCUUAGGGCUCAAGUCAAACACGCCAAACACAUCUGUACACCCAUCCUGUCCCAUGUUUUUCUUAUUUUUACGAACACUGUUGAGGAUACACAAAUUCUGAAGGUGCUUCUGUGUGUGCAAGUUCACCAACGCUCAGAGAGUAUGGGAUUUAAGUUGCAGUAUCUCUGUGCCGCUGCCCUCUUCCUGUGUCUGAUGGAAGCUGUGAAUAUCAGAGCACAGUGUACACUGCCUUUUUUUGAAUCAAGAAAUGUCGACUUGUCCGGCUCUUUUUUCUCUACUCAUAGUUUCCCAGAUGGAUCUAUUGUAACAUUCGAGUGUAUAAUUGGACAUAAACCAGUUAACUCAAGAGCAUCUAAAUCUGUUACUUGUGAGGGAAACCAGUGGACAAGUCUGGAAUUAACUUGCACAAAAAAAUCCUGUGGAAGUCCUCCAAAUUUUCAUAAUGGGAAAUAUGAAGGAACUGGAAUUUUAUUCGGUGACAGAAUGACAGCGGUUUGUAACACAGGAUAUAUGUUAGCAGGACAGAUGAAAGAUAGAUGGUGCCGAGAUCAGGGAUGGGAUGGCAGAGAUCCUGUCUGUGAGGUGGUGAAAUGUAAGACACCUCCAACCAUAGAAAAUGGACAGCUUGACGGAGAGCCUCAGAACAGUUAUGAUUAUUCACAAGUCGUGUCCUACAAAUGUAACGGUGAAUUUAUACUUACUGGGAGUCCACGACUUCGUUGUUCAGAGGAUGGGACUUUUAAACCAGAGCCACCAAAAUGUUUGGAUCUGAUAUUCACUGACACAAACAACAUGGGAUGCAAGGUGCUGUACUUCAGUGUUGCUCUCCUUCUGGGUCUUAUGAUCUGUGAACAUGUCCGAGCACAGUGUACACAGCCUUCUUUUGAACCAAAAAAUGUCAUGUUGUCCGGCUCUUAUCUCUCAACUCAAAGUUUCCCAGAUGGAUCUACUGUAACGUUUGAGUGCAUAACUGGACAUAAACCAGUUAACUCAAGAGCAUCUAAAUCUGUUACUUGUAUGGGAAACCAGUGGACAAGUCUGGAAUUAACUUGCACAAAAAAAUCCUGUGGAAGUCUUCCAGAACUUCCUAAUGGGAGAUAUGAAGGAACUGGAAUUUUAUUUGGUGACAGAAUGACAGCAGUUUGUAACAAAGGAUAUAUGUUAGCGGGACAGAUAAAAGAUAGAUGGUGCCGAGAUCAGGGAUGGGAUGGCAGAGAUCCUGUCUGUGAGGUGGUGAAAUGUGAGGCACCUCCAACCAUAGUAAAUGGACAGCUUGACGAAGAGCCUAAGGACAGUUAUGAUUAUUCAGAAGUCGUGUCCUACAGAUGUAACAAGGGGUUGAGUCUUAAUGGAAGUUCAACACUUCAUUGUUCUGAGGAUGGGACUUUUAAACCAGCUCCCCCAAACUGUUUGGAUGGGUGUCUAAAUCCUGUUGUUGCAAAUGCAAUAAGAAUCGGUGGAAAAUCACCACCCUACAAACUGGGAAACUUUAUAGAUUACAAAUGUGCAGAGAGCCAUACAAUGAAAGGAGAUUAUCAUAUUGUGUGUUCAGCAGAGGGAUGGAAGCCUGAACCACCAAAGUGCAUUGAACCUUGUGGCAAGCCUGUUCUUAAAGAACAUGUCAUUUUAACAUCUGAAUUCAGCUCAAAAACAAUUUUCCCACUUGGAUCCAAAGUAACAGUUGAGUGCAUGAUUGGAUAUGAGCCAGCUGACUCGACAGUGUCUAAAUCCAUUACCUGUGAGGAAACCAACUGGACAGAACUGCUCCUCACUUGCAAUGUGGUGAAAUGUAAGACACCACCAACCAUAGAAAAUGGACAGCUUGACGGAGAGCCUCAGAACAGUUAUGAUUAUUCACAAGUCGUGUCCUACAAAUGUAACGGUGAAUUUAUACUUACUGGGAGUCAACGACUUCGUUGUUCAGAGGAUGGGACUUUUAAACCAGAACCACCGAAAUGUUUGGCCCCAACCACAACAACCACCACAACUACCACAAAAGCCACAACUACCACAAAAGUAACAUCCAAGAUUCAACCUAAAGAUGACGACAACACAAAUCAAUCAUCAAACUAUUCUAAAAUUGGAUUGGGUGUAGGAAUAGGAAUUCUAGUUUUGGCUGGAAUCAUCAUGGAGGGGGUGGAUCAUUGUAUUUUCUCCAAGAAACGGUCAAAACAUGACGAUUUUAAAAUGGUGGAGGCAAAUGAAAAUCAGGAAAUUCCAAAUGAAAAUAAAGUGUUAUAACACCCUCACACACAUGCGAUACUUUCAAGAAGUAAUUUCAUGAAGUUGUCGUGAGGAAAAAUCCAAGUGAAGCAUCCUGCAAAUGUAUAUCAUUUAUACAAGCACUUCUCAGAAUCCUUCGAGAGGCUGACUGAUUUCUCGCAACAGAUUCCUCCAGAAUCGCACGUUUUGAAGAACCAAGCUCAAUUUGAUUAUUCUCAUUUCUAGCAGUUGCUAACUUCACCCCAGUCUGUGUUCUGAUUCUCUGAAACAGAUCUGUCUUUAGAAAAUUCAGGUUGAUUUCACUUUUAUAAAGUGUUUGCUUGUCAUUUGCUUGUUAACUACUAACUUUAUUUUUAAAACUGUUGAUACAGUGACCACUCUUCACUUAAUGGUGUUUGUUACUCUUCAAAUUGCACUGGAUGUCCCUAAUAUUGUUGAGGGCUACAUUUAGCAUAAAUUAUUUAAAAACAAGAAAAAAAGAUGAAUGUGAUUUGUGAAGCCAAAUCAAAAGCCAAAACAAACAAAGACGCUUAAGGCUUUGUUUUACAUUAGCUCUCACUUUUCAUUUGGAUAAAAUGGCAAUUGUGUAUGUGUUAACCUUCUAGCAAAUUAACAGCAGAAAGUGAUUUGCAGUGCAGAUUUUAAAUUGAGAGAUUAGGUCAAUCUUGCUGAAGAACAUAAUGUGCCUUUUCAUUUUCUUAGGGUUUUUGUUCAGUAGCACUGUGUUGUGCAGAAUCUGUGCAGGUUCAAAUUUAAUUACAAAUGCUUUGUUAUUAGUCUCGAUUAGACUCUAAAUGAUAUAAUGAAGAUAAAAAGAGAUUUCUGCAGUGUUUAAUGUCAUUUACUUUUAUCUGUGUUUUAUUUAUAAUUAUAUAAUUGUCCAAAAUACUCAAGGCCCAAAUACUUACAAAUGCUUAAUUCUUUAAUUUGAGUGUUGGUCUUUUUUGGGGGGAAAGCAAGCAUUUUGAAUGGUUUUGGAUUGUUGUUGAGCAAAAGCAUAAAUAAACAAGAAAUUGAUUGCUUUAGAAUGUUUUCAUUUCUUCACACUGUAAAUAUUGAACUAUUUCUGAUGAAAAAUAAGUAAAAUUAUUUCCUCCAAAGGAAGUGGGCUGUUUAACUAGUGUUUUUCUACUGGUAAUUUAAGAUUUUAUUGUAGCGAUUGCCCGUUUUGUAAUGUCAUGGUUCUGCCUAAUUUGUUCUUUUAAGCCAGGAAUGUACAGGCAUAGCUCUUUCAUAUUACAAAUGCUGAAACGCAAAAGUUGUAAUCAAAUAUAAAUCCAUCUUUUCUGUGUCUUGCAAUUCUGUUUAUCACUGCGCCAUCUGGAGGCCUGGAUGGUCUCAAAAUAAAAGCUCCACAAUAAAACAGAA